AUGGAAAUUAAGUACCUGAAACAAGGUAGCCGCUUUAUUUCACUACUGCCUGAUGCUAGCUGUGGACUUAAUAUACCUGAAGCUAAUUGUGGCUCAAUGUCCAUAUGGAAACCAGUGACGAGUGCUGUUCCUCAGUGGUCAGUACUGGGACCAGUGCUGUUUAACAUCUUUGUUGGUGACAUGGACAGUGAGAUUGAGUGCACCCUCAGCAAGUUUGCCAACGACACCAAGCUGUGUGGCACAGUCAACACACUGGAGGGAAGGGAUGCCAUCCAGAGGGAUCUUGACAGGCUUGAGAUGUGGGCCUGUGCAAACCUCGUGAAGUUCAACCAGGCCAAGCGCAAGGUCCUACACCUGGGUCAUGGCAACCCCAGGUGGAUUUGUACUUCAGGCUCUUCCCCUUUGAGGAGCUCUUGCCCAGCUACAGUGAUGUGGUUCUUUGAAAAGAUCAGAACAUCCCAUGAAAAUGGAAACCUCUCUAGCUCCUCCUUCCUGGGACUGCCGCCUGGCCAAAACCUGCCUGAAAAAGCCCGACUGGGAGCUGCUGCGUUUCCUAAUGUGCUCACCCCUGACAGAAUCCCUGAAUUCUGCAUUCCCCCCAGGUUGACCAGCUCUGGCCCUGUUAAGGACACUGGCUCCCACCAGGAACACAGUGCAGAAGAUGCAGUUCUUAAUUCUUGUGCCUACAGACCCAGCUCUUCUUUGCCACAUGUCAUUCAGGUGGAAAGUGCUGAAGAGAUCCCAGCUCUGGAGGAAGAAAGCACUAACUCGGACCCACAGUCCCAAGCAGCGCUCUCCCUGCCUCACUUUCCCAGGGCCCCCACUUCCUACGGCUUCUGCACUUUGCUGGAGAGUCCCCACACCAGGAGAAAGGAGUCUAUCUUCCAUGGUGACCCGCGCGGUGCUUUGCCCAGCCUGAUGCUGUCUCGAUCCAGAGCGAAUACAUUCAGUGGCAAAGGGAGUAUGUCUAAUCCCAUUGCCAUCAGCUUUGCUUCUGUGAGGCUGCCUCCCAAGCAUCUCUCUCUGCACAGGCAAGGCGCCUGCGACAGCGAUACCGCCUCCUCCAGCGAUUCCUCUCCUUUCAGUUCUCCACUUCUCAGCAGGUCACCUCCCAGAUCCUGCUCCCUGAUCAAAACACAAAGUCAGGAGGGGUUGCUCUGCCGAGCGCUGAAAGCCAAGAACAAAUCCAAUGUGGCCAGAAACAAUUCUUUCUCUACAGAGGAGAGCAGCUCCACUGAUAACAGCCCCAGUGCCAUCAGGCGGGCCUCAGAGGGGCUGAUUGCCACCCGUAGCUUUAGCAUGUCCUGUUCUCCCAUCUUUCCCCUGGACCUGACCCGCAGCCGGGAGAGACUCGUGGGAGAGAGCACGGUGGUAAUGGACAAGGGAGGCAUGUUGAGGCUGUGGGCUGAAUACUGCUCAGAAAAUGAAAGGCUGCGGAUCCGCCUGAUCAGUGCGGAGGGUUUAUAUGAUGACUCUGUGGAGCCCAAAACCAUAAACUGCUGUAUCACCUUCUCCCUGGUGCCAGGGAAAACACAGAAGCAGAGAAGCACUGUUAUAAAGAGAAGCAGAAAUCCCAUCUUCAAUGAGGACUUCUUUUUUGAUAGCAUUGCAGAAGAAGAGCUUUACAGCCUCUCUGUAAGGAUGAAAGCAACAAAUAAAGGGUGCAGUAUGAAACGGGAUUACACCUUAGGAGAACGGGAAUUGUCUUUAAUAACUAUGUUGUCAGUGUAAUGCUUCAAAUAUUCAAAUAGACUAAUUUUGUCUUCUGAUAAUUUUCUACUAAAUAAAGUUUUUGGUUGA